AUGAUAGGAGACUCUCAGCUCAUCCCUGGUUUUCUCCACAGCCUGGGCCUCCUUCAUGAACCUACAUCCCCCAUAGUUAGCAGUGUGCUGGCCACCACAGCCAAGAUUCUUGCUAAACCCAGCAAUGCCUGCUCUGCCAAAAGUAAAGUGGUGCUUCCUCUCACAGUGGAGGAGUAUCAAGUGGGGCAGCUGUACAGCGUAGCUGAGGCAAGCAAGAAUGAAACUGGCGGGGGUGAGGGCAUCGAGGUGCUCAAGAAUGAACCGUACACAGACCAUCCUCUGCUUGGCGGCAAAUACACUUCUGGCCAGUACACUUAUAAGAUCUACCAUCUGAAGAGCAAAGUUCCAGCAUUCAUCCGCAUGAUGGCGCCUGAAGGUUCCCUGGAGGUGCAUGAGGAAGCCUGGAAUGCCUACCCAUACUGCAAGACUGUCAUCACGAACCCUGGAUACAUGAAGGAGAAGUUCACCAUCACGGUGGACACUCUGCACCUCCCUGGCAGAGGAGAGCUCGAAAACGCCCACGAGUUGACAGGUGAGCGGUUAAAGCUGCGCGAGGUCAUCAUGAUAGACAUCGCUAACGACCCCGUGAAGCCUGCAGACUACAAGCCCCAGGAAGACCCCACCAAGUUCAAGAGUCAGACCACCGGGCGAGGGCCGCUAGUGGGCAAGGACUGGCAGGAUAAGGUUAACCCGGUGAUGACGUGUUACAAGUUGGUCACGUGCGAGUUCAAGUGGUUUGGUCUGCAGAACAGAGUUGAGAAGAUCAUUCAGGAUGCUGAGCGCAGACUCUUCACCAACUUCCACAGGCAAGUGUUCUGUUGGAUCGAUCGAUGGCAUGGCCUCACCAUGGAGGACAUACGGCGACUGGAGGACAAAACCAAAGAGGAGCUUAGUGAGCAAAUAGUGCAAGGCCCCGUGCGGGGCAUGACGUGCGAGUAGGAGGUGCGUUGUACGUCCAUCUCUUCUGCCUCAACUGAGUCCUGCUGCUAGACCACGACCUGCUGCAGGAGCAGCGUGUGCAUCACGACCUGCUGCUGGAGCAGCGUGUGCAUCAUGACCUGCUGCUAGAGCAGCCUGUGCAUCACGACCUGCUGCUCUGCCCUGGUUACUCUUACUUCGUAUCUUCAAUCAUGCAAUCCUACUCCACACGGACAAGCCUCACCACACCGGCAUUGCCUAUCAUUCCACUUACUGAGCGUUUACCAUCACUCAAUUUCAUGGCAUCUUAUUUCCCGUUACCAACUUUUCCCCUCGCCCCUGAAUUAUUCCUCACUCCUGCACACAUCAGUAUUACCGUUGUUGCCCAUUAAUUUGCAUCAUAAUGUCAGCUGCCUCCACUUGCCUUAAUAACUCAAAGGCAAGUUAUUAAUCAUUUACAUCCUCCCUAUUCCUAUUUCAUGGUAUUUGUGACCCCCUCUUACGGGAUAAAUACUUAAUGUCUACAUUGAGCAGCGAAUUGUUCUGGAUGCUCAUUCAUUUAGUAGAUCAUUCCGUAAAAACUCAACUCCAUGCAGAGCUCUUUGAGUGUCAUCAAUUGAUAUUUGAUUUGUUUUUAUUGAAAUUGUGCAAGAACUGUGGCUGUUUUGUGCAUGAGGACUAACGAUGUAAUCUUUAACAAGAUUGUAGUCGCUUCUGUUUUGCUCACGUUUUAUCGUUGCAAGCUUGUCCAAAAUAUGGUAAAAUUUAGUGGCAAACGAGGAGACAAAUCACGUGAAACUGUUUUCCAGUAUUUUCAUCUACUUGUAACCUUCCAACUAGAAGCCCCAUAGUCGCACUAAUGAACUUCUUUACCGAAAUUUGAUGAUCUCACCUCAAGCCCACUAAAUUAUGCCUUCUAACGUGAGAAGCAACAUUCAACUCCGCAAAGCAUCUACCCUCGGGGUCCUCAGUGCGGCCUCGCAAGAAAGGUACCGUUAUCUUCUUACAAAUAUUGAAUACCACUUCCAUGGCACUCAUGCCUAGAGAUCUUUAAAUGUGAAUAAGAUCAUUUUUGGACCCAGAAAUAUACAUUCUGUUAUCUUCCGCGUAUAAGUUGCAAUAUCUAUGUUUUGCCAUUCAUUUCUUUUAAAUACGCUGUAUCACUUAGUUAGAUCUUGGCUCGAUAAAAAAUUGUAAUCCGUUUUUGUCCCGCGGAGAAAUGUUCCCUAUUAACCAUUGCCCCUGUUUCGUUGGUGAUUUUCGAGUUGGCCGAACCUUCAAUUCCUAAUGUGGCAUUUGCCGCUUGUUUACUCAUGUUCUAUUGCUGGCCUGUCCUGUGGAAAUACCUGGCCACUGAGAUAUUCUUGCCUGGGCCACGCUUCUUGCUUGGGCGACCGUAGUCUAAUUUUGAAACGUUACUAAUUAUGGUAGCUUUAAUUGUGGAUCAAUGAUACCUGCUCCUCCUGAACAUUUUCCCUCCCUUUCCACAAGAAUUCAUUGUUCAGUUUCUUUGGUUUGGAUGCUUGUUUGUUCGAUAAUCGUUACAAAAGCUCCAACUGUAUUUCUUGUUAAAACCAAAUGUAUUUCAAUAGCUGAAUGAAUGAUGCCUGCCGGCGGGAUAGAACGAGCUCUUAUUUAUAUUCAAAUUUUUUAUUUUGAGGAUAAACUUUUGUUCCCUUUUUAAGUUAGGUAAAUACAGGAGGGUAAACAAAUUAUUACUUGAAUUUUCGACUACAACAUUUAUUGACAGCCGGGUUCUGGCAUCCGAGUAUUGCUGGUAGACACGUUUGUUUGUUUUUCGAGCUCACACAUGAAUACAUUGUUCACCGUGCAUUGAGUUACUUUCGUUGAAUAAAAGCCCCGACGAUGAUAAAGAUUCGUUUAAGUUUGUUGUUCCGCUCAUCUGCAGGAGCCUAAUUUCCUGUCACAUGGGUGCCUGAGGUGUACAGAGUUUACGUAAUAUUGACGAACAAUACUUGCCUAAAAUUGUUUAAAGUUCAUAAAAACAAUCGGUAGGAUGACGAACUAGCAAUCUGUGCAUCUGCAGCACAGGUCACGUGUACAUAGAAUACAUAGUCUAUGGCUGCUUGUCAUUCACAUGGUGAACAUCUGUUCUCAUCAUCAAACAACCAAUUCACGAACCAAUAUCUCACCUAGUUUUGAUUUUAUUUUUCGUAAAUUUUAUACAUAUGCUGACUACAAAAACUUUUUUCUAAGCAUUGGUUUAUUUCAUCUCUGUACAUGAUUUAGAUGGAGGUUUUGUGUGAGGGAACUUCCACGAAUGUCCGUGAGACAACCUGCCUAUUUAGCUUACUUUGAGAGAUUAUGUGCUAAAUUGUUGCAUUGCUUGAUGGUAUCGCUGCAUGUGGAAGUUAAGAUCAACUCUAAUUUUUUCUUCUCAUAGACAGUGACAAACGUGAACUACUUCAAGCAGGGCUCCCACAUUAAUCUAAGUUCAAAUUGUUUCUGUAAAAGCCGUUCACAUACUACAGUUCUUCUCUAGGAAUACUCAGCUAGGAUAUCCUUUCUGUGGGCGCUAUACUUUGUCUGGUUUACUUGAGUGUAGCGGCAACCUGGAAGAACUUGUGCCCCAUGCACUCAAGUGAGAGCCUCGUGAAUACGUUUUCUUAUUCUCGGGCACGCAAGGUAACGCCGUGUAAACUUAUGACUGCAGACGUGUUAGUGAGAAUCUAUUGAUGUUGUGAACUGAAAGAGGAUGUGUGACAGGAAGACUCGUUAAUAUGCAUUACUUUUUGCUGUAAAAUUUGACUCAUUUUAGUUGAGCACCUAAAAAUAAUUAGAAUUACUGGUGUGUUGCGCUGCCUACUCUAUAUCUUGCGUUGUGAAGUAUACGAUAAUGGGAGCCGGUGAACAACAUGUCUUAUCGAACGGGGCCGUGUUGAGGUUGUGCGCGUAUCAGUUGUUCGAUAAUCUGAAAAUUUCCUUUUUGGAAUUCAAUUUUAUUUAUGACCCGUAGAGUUUUCUGGCCAUAUGUAGUAUUUUAGGAGUAGCUUUGGGUUUGUUUGAUAGGGAAAAAUGGUGGACUUAUGUGUUUGAAUCGUUAACUUGCUCUUCAGAAGCUUCUUGUUGAUGCAGUCUCAGCAACAUAUAUUUCUUGCCAGUUAUGCUCGAUCUUUACUCGUUCUCUUCUUCCCAUGUUGGGUUUAAAAUGAAGUGAAUAUCGGGAGUUAAUUGCCGUGCGGACGCGAGUCUAAUUUCAUUACGUUAUGGCAUUUUGUAUCAAAACAGACGUGUAUCUUACGUUUUCCUUAUUUGUACAGUUUGCUUUAUCGUUUGCAUGAAGUGGGUGGUGUAAUUAUAUAUCAUUUAUGCAACUCGAAUAAUUGAUGCACUAAUGCUGAUUGCUGAUGAGCUUAGCGUGCAUCCAUGAUCCUCUCUAACUCUUCGUCCUUAUUCUGUGUAUAAGCAAAACAGGGACACGUCGCUGCCUCACAUAUUAUAUACUAUGACAAUCUUCAGGUAUGGAAUAUAGAUAUUUUCUCUUAGCCUCUUUGCUGUCACAUGCUUACAAGAAACUUUAUGAUUUCAAUCUAUUGGCUACUGUUGUUCCUUGUUGAUUAGAGUGAUUUUUCCUGGUGCCUUUAUAUUUUAUUUGAUGAUAUUCCUGUUCUUAGUUUGCGUGUAUCUAAUUUUAUUUCUCUUGAAUAUUUUUGUAUUUAACUUUUUUCCUCACUUAUUUAUUAUACUUGUUUACUUUAGUGUGUUUACAUCCUGAUUUGGUCAGAGCCUUUUACCAACCUUAUUUUUAACGUGAAUUCCUUCACAUGUAAAAUUUAUAUAUCCCUUGAGUGGUCCUGAUUUCAGCCGACAGCUCGUCGGUGUUUAAAAUUUUUUGAUGCUCACGAAGCCUUGCGUUGAAACUUAUCAAUCACUUCGAUCAUUACUAGGAAAAGUCAACUAAAGAAUAACGCGACUAAACAUCGCUUGCUUUAUCUGGAAAUGUUUUGACUACAAAUGGCUUUGAUAACAGCUCGAGUUGUAACGUGCAGCCUUGACUCGUGUGACGCAUGUCUGAAUAUUAGUUAACAUGUCACAAUUACUCGACUUUCAGCUUCCUUUGGAGCUUGGAUGAACUCAGUCACUCAGGAAUGUUCUGUCGCUGCUUCCAUGUGAACUUAUUCAUAAUCCAGAGGCGGGCUUACCGCGCACGAGGGAGCAGCUGGGCGGGGCUUUCAAUGUUGAUGAAUUUAGUUGCUUACCAUGACAUUCGAACCUGAUUUCCAACGUAUUUUGUCAUGACAGUUCUUAUAUUUGGCAUGGCAUCUUUAUCAAGGAGCGAGGGUUUAACUUUAUUUAUUAAUCGCAAGUCAUUUUCAAUCAUUUGAUAACAUUAUGCGUUGUUACAUGUAUACCCUCUGGAGCUGCUCAUGUUGGUUGGUCGUAUGUUUGCAAGCGUAUGUGUCGGGGCUUCUUUUUCUUGGCUUAUAAGUUAUGUACACGAUUUUCUUCAUCAUUUUGAUUUAUUGCUUUCAUAGACCUUACUAACAAUUUAGUUUUGAGGUCAGAAGCUUACGUGACCUCGUUAGUCAUCUCGUUAUUGAGUGCGAAAGAGCCAGUCAAUCUGUCUGCGUUGCAUGCCUGUAUUAGUCUAAGAUAAUUUUACAUUCACUUGUGUUAAUUCAACUCAUCCCUUCUCUGUGAACUUGAUAUUUUUUAGCUAAAUUUUCAGAGCUUUCAUUAAAACUUAUCCUCCUGGACAUUGGCCAAUCUUGGAUUGAUUUUAUUCGCCUAAGUUGACAUCUUUUUACAAAUCUUUAAAUCUAAAAGUUAAUUUGAAUUAAACAAAUUUCCAUUGCCUGCCUCCACCACACCGGAGCUCUCCCUGUGAGCUCAAUCUCGUUGGUACAAGCAUGACUUCUGCUCCACGAACUGCCGCUUGUGGCGUGCAAUGUGUAUGAAAAACAAUACAGCAAUAUAUUGUCUUGACGCUACAUGGAUACUGUGCAUUAAAUUUAUAAUCUUGAGCAUAUUAUGGUUACGGUUGAUAUACAUCACGCCAACAGUUCCUAGCCCAAAUCUUUGUGCAUUCGUUUCCAAGUGCUACUUUGGAUAACGAUCGACAUGCUUGUUGUGUGUCCCGUGUCUUCGAGCCUAAAAAGUUAACUGUAUAUCGUAGGUCGUGUGCCAUAGCUGUCACAGACGGUUAGUGAUCUAUUACUCUACAGUUCUCCCGCUGGACAUCACGUGGUGCUCUCACACUUAGGAUUUUUGGCUUUGAAAUCGCCACUGGAAAACUUGAUGUUUCGUUCGUUGUUAGAAUGCAAAAGGUCUUAACUAGACGCAAGAUGUGUCUGGCCCUAGGCCAUGUACAUGGUAGCGCCUAUAGUAGAGAGUAGUGUUGUUCUAGGACUAGUAAAUCACUGCACCUCUAUUUAUAAAACCGUGAAUCGUUAAAAAAUGUAAUUACUAGUUUUGAAGCUGUUAUUGUUAGGAGCGUCCAGCGAGUGACGAACAUUCCAAGAAGUCUUGGUGUAUUGAACUAUGAACUUUUUUGUCUUAAGGAUAACUUUGUUAUUCCGGCGAACUCUUGGUGUUGUUUAUUUUACCGUGCAUUAAUCAAUGAUUGCUGCAGCCCCACUCACACUAUAUUGCUGUCGUUUAUCAUAGACCACGUCGCACACACCCUGGUGAACGCACGCUAUAGGUGCUCCUACAAGGUGAAAGUAUUAGCAGGUAGAGGUAGCGGCAAGCACUUCUUACUCAGACAUUUGGGGGGACUUUGUUCAGUUUUUGGCAUCAUUUUAUUAUAUUCUUAUCUAAUUUAUUAUUAAAAAUAGAAACUGAUAACUUUUCUUCCCAUUUUCAGCCCGAUAUUUGAGAUAGAAAAUACUUGCCGUUAGCGCUAUUUCGGGUAAUAUUUCCCCCGUGUACAAGUACCUUCUGACAGGCCGGUCAAAGCGACGCCGUGAGCGCGAUGGGUGUGACGUGAGGAGUCCUGUGAGAGAUGAGCGGUCGCAUGGGUGAUAUAAAUUGCUCUUAUUCGGUGUGAUAGUAAACAUUUUACCUCACUUGCUCACGGAUCAGUAAUUAUCUCCUUAAUUCAAUGACUGACAUUUGCCUACAUCACCGGAUUUUCAUGAACGAAUUCUGUAGAAGCCAACGAUCUGUGGCAGCCUCGUGUAACUGAGUCUGAGUCACACAAAUUUGAAAGUCAAUUGUAUCCUUUGAUGUCUACUAUGUCAUUUAAUUUCAAAUCCUCUACAUGUAACUAAACGCGAAAUUGCUCAUCUAAGUCGAAGACUCUAAUUAUGAUUAUUGAUGCUAACAAUUGACUGCCAUUCGUGAGAUCGUCAGAUAAUUGCGUCAGACGUGCGUUGCGUUUACGAACUUCUACGUAUUUAGCCUCUGGCUGGGAUGUGUUACGAGGUUUGUUAAAUCUGUUUGAGACCUUUCAGCUACUGGCACUUCCUGAUUUAUGGUGUGCAUAGGCGUGAUGAGAGACGUCAACGCGCCCGAAUAAUCAAGUAAGCUAAAA